AUGGAGGGCGAAUCGAAGGGCAAGCAGUGCCAGAUCCUCACGAUCCCAGAUGAAGUGCUACGCCUGAUCAUCGACAAAGCCUCGGAGCCGAUGUCGCCCAAGGACCAUCCGAAUUACAUAGCACUCCCUCCUUACAGCGAUCUUGUUUAUUUGGCCUUGGCCUGCCGCAGAUUCAACGCAAUCGCUACCGAGAGCCUUUAUUCUUGUAUAUGCCUCCACACCGAUGACGGUGAUGACGACGACCUCUACUGGGAGCGGAAUCAGGAUGAUGAUAACGACAGCGAGGACCAUUGCGACAGGCGACUCUCUACUUACGCACAAUGCGUACGCCUGUAUCUGACACUGUGA